AUGUCCAAGAAUUCUUUAAUUUUACUUUCACUAAUUCAAAUAUUAAUCUUAACAUUUGAAGGAAGUUGCCGAUCGAUUGAAUUCGUGCCAACGCAGCGAUACCUUCAUACUGCUACACAUAUUGAUAAUAAAUUAUAUAUCUUGGGUGGACUCACUUUUAAUGAAAAUAAUUAUAUAACUGAAAAGAAUAAAGCUUUUAUUGGCACAGACAAACAAUUUUUUUACUUUGACAUGUCCAUACCGUUCAACACCAAAACCAUGUUAUGGGUUGACCAAACAGAUUUUGAUAUUAUCCCAAACCAUAUCGCUGCUACAUCCUCCAUAGGUUGCGCAAACAAUAACACUUUUCUUUUAUAUGGUGGGAAAUCGUUGCUUUCACGUAUGGAUACGAAUUUAGUAUACGCGUUUAAUACACAAACAAAUUCUUGGAGUGUACCAAAAUUAACUGAUGGAAAUUUCAACAUUAAAAAAGACAGCCUAAAAGGAAUCAUGCAUAACGGAAAAAUGUAUUUAUUCGGUGGUUUGAUAGAUGGACAACUAUCCAAUGAUAUGCUUAUCUUUGAUACCAUCAACAUGAACUUUACAACGGGAAGUUCGGUUAAUGCGCCUUCUCCAAGGAAACAUUACGGAGCAGCUUUGUUUGACAAUCAAUACAUUGCCUAUUUCGGUGGCAAAGCUGAUGACAUUGGAGAAUUUCAGAUGAGCGAGAUCCACAUAUAUGACACAAUGAAUGAUAGUUGGACCAAUAGAAAAUCUACGGGAAACGUUCCUACCGCUAGAUCGGGGUUUUCCGUCGUACUAGGGUUAGAUGGAAAACGAUUAAUAAUUUUUGGUGGUAAUCAAACUUACUUGCCGGAGGCACUUUACGUAUUAGAUUUACAGACGUUUGUAUGGUCCAUUCCAAAAACUUCUUCUGGACGGAAACCAAAAGCCAGAUUUCUGCACCAAGCGAACGUGAUUGGAAAUUUUAUGGUUAUAACGUUCGGAAUGGGUUAUAAUACAACGUUAAAAGAACAUGACGUUUUAUUGCUCGAUAUUAGCAAUAAUGAUGAAUAUAAGUGGACGAACGUCUUUGACCCUAGUCCUCCUGAGACUACAUCUCUACCAAUGCCUCCAACGCCAUCAUCGUCAUCAUUUUAUCUACAGCAGUCCAAUGGACUAGGAGCUCUGGUUGGCGCGGUAAUAGGAUCUUUAUUUAGCGGUAUAUCUUUAUCCUUUGGAAGUAUUCUUUUAUAUAGAUGGCAUAAGGAUAGGAAAUAUCGAAGGCAAGCAAUACCAACCCCGGGAGAAAGAAAAAUUAUUAACUGA